AUGAACACCAACAACAUACUGUGUAGCAAGGGAAGCAGUAUUCUGAGAUCAUCCUACACCAACAAAGGAACUGCAUUCUCACCAGAGGAGCGCCAGAAGUUUGGACUGAGAGGACUAUUGCCACCACGCCAGGAGACCAUCCAGGACCAGGCCGAGCGUGCUUUGUCACAGUUCCACUCAUUCCAGACAACUUUGGAGCAGUACGUCUUCCUCAACUGUCUGCGCGACCGCAAUGAGACAUUGUUCUUCUAUCUCUUGGUGAACAACCUCGAGCUGAUGAUGCCAAUCGUCUACACUCCAACAGUGGGCGAGGCUUGCCAGAAGUUUGGCAACGAGUUCCGUUUUGCCCAAGGCAUGUACUUCUCCACACAGGACCGCGGCCAGAUCCGCGACAUCCUGGACAAUUGGCCCAACCCCGAGGUCGACAUCAUCGUCAUCAGUGACGGCUCCCGAAUCCUGGGUCUGGGCGACUUGGGCACCAAUGGCAUGGGCAUCCCAGUUGGAAAGCUCCAACUGUAUGUCGCAGGCGCUGGAUUCAACCCCGCCCGCACACUGCCAGUGAUCAUCGACGCUGGCGUCAACACAAAGAAGUACCUGGAGGACAAGUUCUAUCUGGGCGAGAAGCACUCACGUGUUCCCGACCAAGAGUACUACGCCAUCAUUGAGGAGUUCAUGGUGGCCGUCUACAACAAGUGGCCAAAGGUCUUGGUCCAAUUCGAGGACAUCAGCAACGACCACUGCUUCAACCUUCUCGACAUUUACAGGAACAGGUUCCUCUGUUUCAACGAUGAUAUCCAAGGAACUGGCUCUGUGAUCUUGUCUGGAUUCAUCAAUGCUGUGCGCGCAGUGCAGAUCCCACUGAGAGAUCAUAGAUUGGUGUUCUUUGGAGCUGGUAGCGCAGGUAUUGGUGUGGCCGAUUGUAUUAUGUCAUUGUUCCUCGAGCAGGGACUGACAGAGGAGGAGGCCAGGAAGCGUUUCUGGUUCGUCGACAGCAAGGGAUUGAUCACAACCAAUCGUGGUGACGAGCUUGCCGAGCACAAGAAGGCUUAUGCACGCACUGACUACACCACCCAGCUCAAGACCCUGCUUGAGGUCGUCCGCGACGUCAAGCCCACCGCCCUGAUUGGUCUCUCUGGCAUCGGUCGCUCAUUCACACAGGACAUCAUCGAGGAGGUGUCCAGCCACGUCGAGAAGCCCAUCAUCUUCUCGCUGUCCAACCCAACUUCCAACGCUGAGUGCACCGCCGAGCAGGCCUACACAUGGUCCAAGGGCCGCUGCAUCUUUGCCUCGGGCUCCCCAUUCGCCCCAGUCGAGCUGAACGGCGUGAGAUUGGUGCCUGGCCAAGGCAACAAUAUGUACAUCUUCCCCGGCCUCGGUCUGGGCGCGGUCGUAUGCCACGCCACCAAGGUCACAGACUCCAUGAUCAUUGCCGCCUCCAAGGCGUUGGCCUCGUGCGUUGACGACGCCGAGGUGAUCACCAACAAGAUCUACCCUGGCCUCUCUGGAAUCAGAGACAUCUCCAUCCGCAUCGCCGUUGCCGUCAUUGAGAAGGCAUUUGAAGAGGGCGUGGCCACUAUUGCUCGUCCCGAGAGCAUUGAGCAGCUGGUGCGUCAGUACGUCUACUAUCCCAACUACGAGAGUCUUCAGCUGCCUCAGCAGCACUGA